CGAGUGAACGAUCGAGGUAGGAAGGAAAUGGGUGACAAAUUAGUGAUGCAUUGUAGAGGGCCGAAAGAGACAGCAAUAAGAUAUAACAGAUAUGUUGUAAAUGGCAAACUGUUUCGCACUCGAGCACAUGAUGCAGGAAAGAGGACUCAGAAUAGCGGUGUGUGUGUGCCGACCGUUGAUGGCGAAAUGUACUACGGGAAGUUAACAGAAAUAAUUGAGGUCGAGUACUACGACAGGACCAAGUACGUCUUGUUCAAAUGUGAUUGGGCGGACACCACGAGGGACAUAGGGUACAAGGUGAAUGAGUAUGGGCUAGUGUUUGUCAAUUUCAAAAAACUUGUCCACACGGGAAAGCUUAUCACUGAUGAGCCGUACGUGUUAACUACACAAGUUGACCAAGUUUUUUACGUUGAAGAUGAACGGGACCCAGGUUGGGCUUGCGCUGUAAGAACUAAACCUAGGAACGUAUACGAUGUUGGUGGUGAAGGGCAUGAUGAUGCAUGUGCUAACUACCACGAGUGCGAGCCGCUCCUAUUGACCAGUAAUAAUGACCAUAAUCUGGAAGAUGACUUCGAUCACAUCCGACCCGACGUAGAUCCGAUCCCAGUGGUACAAUGAGUUAUAGAAUCCCAAGUGUUAUGAAGCGAAAUAGGAGCCAAGGAUCGAGAUCUAGCGACCCUGCGCACACACAGAGCGACCCUACGCACACAGAGGCAGGGUACAGACCAGUGUUCGCAGAUGAUCACUCAGGAUAUCAGUACAACAUGCCGGAUAAUACAUUUGACCAUCUGCCUCAUAUGCAGUAGACAGUGAGCCAGUUAGAGGCAUGUUCCCUUGGUCACGUG